AUGCAACCGCCGGCGCCCUUCCUCCUGUACGCCGUGGCCUGGGCCAACUUUUGCCCCCGGCAGGGCUCCGCCGCCGGCGCCCAGGGCGGAUCUAUCCGAGCGCUGCGAGCCUCGAACCUGCGGAGAGACGAGAGCAAUCACCUCACAGCCUUGUACCGGAAAGAGGAGACCAUCCACGUCCGGGGAAAUGGCCACAUCCAUAGCCCCCGUUUCCCGAACAGCUACCCCAGGAACUUGUUGCUGACGUGGAGGCUGCUUUCGCCUGAGAAUACGAGGAUACAGCUGGUGUUCGAUAGUCAGUUUGGACUGGAAGAGCCAGAGAAUGAGAUCUGCAGAUAUGACUUUGUGGAAGUGGAAGAUAUAUCUGAAAUCAGCACGAUUAUCCGAGGACGGUGGUGCGGGCACAAGGAAGUUCCUCCGAGAAUAACAUCGAAAACAAAUCAGCUGAAGAUAACUUUCAAGUCUGAUGACUACUUUGUGGCGAAACCUGGAUUCAAAAUUUAUUAUUCCCGCGUGGAUGAUCUGCAGCCUGCUGCAUCUGAAACCAACUGGGAAUCAGUCACAAGCCCUGUAUUGGGGGUAUCCCAUCACUCUCCAUCAGUGACUGACCCGACCCUUACUGCAGAAGCUCUGGAUCAGGCCAUUGCUGGCUUUGACACUGUGGAAGAACUGCUAAAGCACUUUAAUCCAGACACUUGGCAAGAAGAUCUUGAGACUCUGUACACAGACACGGCUCAGUAUAGAGGGAGAAAUUUCUACGAAAGGAAGUCAAAAGUUGACUUGGACAGGCUGAACGAUGAUGUGAAACGCUACAGCUGCACUCCAAGGAACUAUUCUGUCAACAUAAGGGAAGAGCUGAAGGUGACCAACGCCGUGUACUUUCCACGCUGCCUUCUCGUCCAGCGCUGUGGCGGCAACUGUGGCUGUAGCUUUACGCACUGGAAAUCCUGCACAUGCACACCAGGGAAACUAGUGAAAAAGUAUCACGAGGUGCUGAGGUUCAUUCCUGAAGCUGGCCCCGUCAGAAGAAGGGGCAGAACCAAGAACAACAUGACGAUGAUCGAUAUUCAGCUGGAGCACCACGAGCGCUGCGAUUGUGUCUGCAGUUCAAGGCCACCCCGAUAGACAGGCUCCCGCCAUCCUAUUUGCGACUGAAAGGGCCUCUUCCUCUUCAGGAAAGGGCGGUCU